UAAUUACACUAUAAACUGCAAAACUCUUCUUGCGUCUCCUCUUCUUUCUUUCUUUUUUUCCUUUGACACAAAACAAAACAUCGGGAGCAAAGUCCGAGAUACAUCGAGAGAUGAGAGAGAUCUCGAUUUCGACGAUUUCUCUUCCAUCGUGGCAUCUUCUUAUCUUAGCUUCGAUUUCUCUCCACUUCGUUUUAGGUAUAUCUGGUGAUUCGAAGAGUUCGAGUACUGGAGCAAAAGCUGAAUCUCAUACUUCUUCUAGCACAAAAGUGAUACUCAUACUGCUCGGGUUUGGUGCUGUAACGGGAUUCACGUUUUUCCUGUACAAACUGUGGCAGAAGAAGAAAAGAGACGAGCAGUAUGCUCGGCUGCUGAAGCUGUUCGAGGAGGACGAUGAGCUCGAGGUUGAAUUAGGACUCCGUGAUUAAAAGUAAAAACCAAUAUCUGGAACAGUGUCUGAGGUGUGUAUCAGAUCGAACAUGGGGUUUAUAAAUUUAUACAUUCAGGGCAUUAGAAAAUUGAAGUAUAUGUAUAGGAAAUAUAUACUUGGAAUGGUGUUACUUUUUACUGAUCAUUGUUAUUCUCUGGGUGAUCUUAGCUGUUGGAGUCUCUGGAGAUUUUGUUCCUCUUUAGUGUUAGGUCAAUUCUUGUAAAACAAUUAUAUUACUCAAUUUUUCUAUGUUCUUUGAUU